GCUGGUGGUAAAUACGAUAAGAAUCAAAAUAAAAGACCUAGAAUCCUAGAUCUAUCUAUACCUAAACUGGCCUAAACUCUACAUUCACAUUGACUACAAAGAUCUAGAUUCUAGAUUUAAAUGGCUAAACUAGAUUGGUGACUAUCUAUAAUCUAGAUAUCUUCUAGAUAUAACAAUCCAUGGUGAUUUGACAUUCAGUCGCUAGAGCAACUAGAGUUGUGAGAGAGACAACAUCCAGCAUCAAUUGUGUUUCUGAACUUCAAAAUAUUAUUCUAAUGUCUAGAGACAGUACAUUCACAGUCAGCAGUACGAGACAGAAUAUGUUUAAGUAUCGUACUCCACCAUGGAAAGAGACAUACAGGAAGCAAUGUUUGGAUAGGCUGAAGGAAAGUAGGAACAAACAGCAAUCUUUGAGACGUCAUAUUUGUUUUGACAAUCCAGGUGAUGCUGCUGACGCCGGUGCUACAGUUUCAGACAUAAUUGACAUUGAUGCCAUCAUGAAGGAAGAGUGGAGAAAACUGCAGUCCAAACAUUUUGAUAUUGUGGAGAAUGACUUAAAUGGAGACAGCAGUGAUGAAAUGUUUGCUUUCUAUGAGUCAAUACACAGUGAAAUCAGGAAAGAGUUGGAAGCUGAUCUUAUCAAAGAAGAACAAAGAUUAUUGAGCUUGCAAGAUAUUUGUGAUAAACAUAUUCAAGAAGAGGAAGAACUCUGUUCUGCAUUAUCAACUUUAAGUACAGAUGAAGUUAUCUGUCCUUUAUGUGAAAAAAAUAUUCUGUUGGAGCAUAUGGGUGUGAUAGUAUGCAAAUGUGGACUAAGGAUAAACACUGAGCAAGACUGCAUUACUUUAAAAAAUGUGAAGGCCAGCCUGGAAGCUGGAACAUCAGAACACAGUGAGAGCUGUCAUCUACGGCCAACUUUUCAUUUAUCUCAGAACUUUGGAAUAUCAAAUCUUUUGAUGGCUUGUGAGGUUUGUGAUUUCCUCUUCAUAAUAGUGUGAUAGACCUUGAAACAGGAAACUGUAGCAGUGAAAGCUACAAGUGCAAAGGUACAAGUGCAGCACAAGACUUUAUGGCUAUGUUUACAUGAACACUGGCUGGACCAUUGAUUGCUUUAACUGUUGAUGUAAAUACCGACUGGAUCAUUGACUAGCACAUAAUCUGUUUUGCUGCACAGUAGAACACUGUGGCCGUGUUGGUGUAGGGUGUUAAAAUAGUUGAUUGAUGGGAAGCUAUUUUGUGUUCUGGUUGCAUUUGAAGGUAACAGGUUGAAUGCUUGUAGGACACGUUUAUGACUAUCAUAGUCAAUGUUGAUACCUGUUUGAGGAGGAGAAGUUUGAUUUGUCUAAUUAUUAAAAUCUUUUCAAAUGCCUUUUUUAAGAAGUUGAAAUGUUAAUAUUUUUUUUUUUAUGUAAGAUAUACCCUGUUUCUAUGGACCAUGUGUACAGAAAUGAUUUUUUAUUUAUUUUUAUGUCCUCUUUAAUUUUUUUCUGAUAACAUUCAAUUAUAAAUGCAGAGACAAGUAAACAUGAGACUAGCAUUAAAGACUAUUUAUUGCAAGUACCGAUAACUUUUGCAGAAGUUUUAAUAAAGUAAUAUUCAGAUUUUUAUAUAUUUUUUUAUUGACUCAACUUUAUGAAAUGAAAAAUACCUAGUAAAAUAUACUUUAUAAAUUAGAAAAAAAGUGUAACUAAACAAGCAACACUACCAUUAAGUCUAACAAACUUCCUGUGUUAGAUCUGCUCUAUAUUUUAUAUCUUGAUAUAUUUUCUUCGCUCCUUUGUCAAAAGAUUCAAAUAUUUUACAGCAGAGUACUUGGUUAACUGAAUCUGAAUUUAGUGCAAUACCAUGAUAUAUUUUUCAAGAAAAUGAAACAGGUGUACCAAAUAUGUUUUUUUUUUAAAUAAAUAUUUAAAUUAUCUAGACUCAAUAUAUUUUUUGUGUGGUUAGAAUGAGUGUAGAACACAUGUGAUUUGCAGUGAAGCUGUGGAUAGAUUGACAGUGUAAUGACUUGACAGAGUAAUGACUUGACAGAUUUGGAUGAUGACAUUCCUUUUUGACCUGAAUACAAAGUUUUGUUUUGUAUAUAUUCUUUUGAGUUGAAUGCAAGCAUCGUUGUGCUGUUUAUCUAUACUGGCUUGUAUUUAAAAUAUUGAUACAGUAGAACCCAAUAGUUUUGUUGAAUUUUCUGUUUAAGUCAUGAACCUUGCUAUGCAAAUAAGGGAAACUUUUUAAAUACAAUAGAAAGUACUUUGGGGUUUUCAAACUGUUCUGUGAUUUAGUAUUUAUCAAUUUUUGUAUGCCAUUAAUGGGAUUCCAUUGUAGUGUUUUUAAAUGAUUAGUCUGUGUUGACUCUUCCUGUGCUAGCUGUAGGUGUAGUAUGUAGGUAUUGUAAUGCAAGUAUUGGCCUGUUGGUGUAGUAAACAGUUUACAGAUAGCUUAGGUCUGUCUGGCUUGAGAAAGUGUUGGUGUAGCUUAGGUCUGACUUGUUUGAGAAAGUGUUAUUGUAGCUUAGGUCUGUCUGGCUUGAGAAAGUGUUGGUGUAGCUUAGGCCUGUCUGGCUUGAGAAAGUGUUGGUGUAGCUUAGGCCUGUCUGGCUUGAGAAAGUGUUAUUGUAGCUUAGGUCUGUCUGGCUUGAGAAAGUGUUGGUGUAGCUUAGGCCUGUCUGGCUUGAGAAAGUGUUGGUGUAGCUUAGGUCUGUCUGGCUUGAGAAAGUGUUGGUGUAAGGCUUGUAGUGUAUAGACCAGUAAGUAUUAGAAUGUUGCAUAGAACUGUCAGUGAAUUGUUAAGCGAACAGUGCAUGUUCAUGUACAGAGAAAAUGUUGAGUCAAAGAUUAAAUAGAACGUUAUA